UGGUAAACAGAGUGUAGAAGGAGCGGUGUGAGGAAGGAUGUAUAAGUCUAAAGCUCCUAGAUUUCCGCAAGGCAAGAUCUCUGCGUCCUCUCCGAGGUAUGAGGCAAAGGACAACAAAGGAAAGCGUCAAGUCCCAUAUAAUAAACAGAAGACUUCCAGGUUUGAUGCGAGGCCAUGCAAAAUCCACGGUGAAGUUGGAGGAACGUCCAGGGAAAGAACUGGAAGGCUGGGAAGUAAAACAUCAUACACACAAAAAAUCAGGACUGAUUCUUCUCCUUCAACAUCAAAAAUAAGAACACAACAUUCCAUGAGGUUGGAUGAGAAUGAGCUGAAUCACAUGCGAGCAGAGUUCCUUAGACUAAAGAAACGAUAUGACUCAAUGAAACCCAAUUUUAUUAAUCGACAGGAUAGAAUCAUAAAAUUGCAUACAAGCCUUGUUGAACUGCAUGACCAGAUAAUGAAAUUAGGUGGAACAGAUUUAGAAGUAGACAACCUUGAAAUAGUUGCCUUCUCCCACACACAAUACAACAAGAAAAAAGAUGAAGUCGACUAGAAUCCUGGUGUCAGCACAAUUAAGGGUAAGCCAAAGCUUUCAUGAUA